CUGGACUCCGGGCAGAGGCACAUCGGGCUGGACUCCGGGCAGAGGCACAUCGGGCUGGACUCCGGGCAGAGGCACAUCGGGCUGGACUCCGGGCAGAGGCACAUCGGGCUGGACUCCGGGCAGAGGCACAUCGGGCUAGACUCCGGGCAGAGGCACAUCGGGCUACCAGGCGAAGCAGCAGGCAGCGGGCCACCAGGCAGAGCGGCAGGCACCGGGCCCCCGGGCGGAGCGGCAGGCAGUGGGCCCCCGAGCGGGGCAACAGGCCCCGGGCCCCCGGGCGGGGCGACAGGCCCCGGGCCCCCGGGCGGGGCGACAGGCCUCGGGCCCCCGGGCGGAGCGGCGGGCGCCGGACCCCCAGGCGGAACUACAGGUCUCGGGCCCUCAGGCGGAGCGGCGGGCGGGGCGACCGGCAUCGGGUCACCAGGCAUCAAGUCAUUUGGCUUGACAGCGAGCACCGCGUCAUCUGGCAAGGCAGUGGGUUCCGAGUCAACUGGCAUGACCGCGGGCACUGGGGCAGACAUUGAAUCGUCUGGCUGGACAGCGGGCAUCGGGUCACCAGGCACGACAGUGGGCUCCGAGUACCGGAUCAUCUGGAUCAACAGCGGGCAUCGAGUCAACUGGCCU